AUGUGUGUUUGUUACCAGCUCUCAUCAGGUUGGGUGCGUUAUAUGAGGGCUUCCUGCUGCAUCCAUCUGCCUGAAACUACCAAGAACCGAACUGUCACUGUAUUUUUUAUUCAGGUUUUAACAGAGGUUAACGUUCUGGUGGAAACAGCCACUUGACAUUGCCCACACUCAGGACAUCGAAGGCAGCUCCUCAUACCCUUAGGCAUAUCAGAGAAGCAGUUUGUAAACAUUCAUCAGACUCAUGACUGUUUGAGAGGACACGGCCCCACCGUGGCCCAUGCACUGUAUCCAUUUCCCUCCCUGUCCUCCUUAUCCCUCAAGCUGACGCAAAACCCCAGACACCUCCCCCCCCUCCCCCACCCCCACUCCCAUCCGGUUCCCAGUGACUCGCCUCCUCCUGCCAUGGUGUCCGGCACAGAGACCGUGCACUACAUCCACCUCCACAACUCCAGCCAAUCAGUGCUGGAAGCCCUUCGCACACAACGGCGUGAGGGCCUCUUCUGCGAUGUGACCGUGCGAAUACACGAUGCCUCCCUGCGUGCCCAUGCCUGUGUCCUGGCAGCCGGUAGCCCCUUCUUCCAGGACAAGUUGCUGCUCGGUCAUUCUGAAAUCUCUGUUCCACCGCUGGUGCCCGCUGAAACCGUGAAGCAGCUUGUAGACUUCAUGUACAGUGGCUCGCUGGUGGUGCUGCAGUCACAGGCCCUGUGCAUCCUCACUGCUGCCAGCAUCCUGCAAAUUAAGACGGUCAUUGAUGAGUGCACUCAGAUCAUCUCUCAGAGGAAGGCAGCAGCAGGGGCAGCAAGUGCAGCAGCCGCAGCGGCCGCGGCUGCUGCUGCUGGAGGAGGAAUGCUUGGAGGGGUCCUCCCUAAACAAGAGGAGCGUGGUGGGGGGAAAGGGAGAGAGAGCGGCAGCAGUGGAAGCUGUUCUGUUAGUGGCGCUGGUGGGGGUUACGCCAACUUCUCUAAUUUCAUGGCUGAAUGUGGAGGUGGUAACAUGGCCGGUGGGUUAGGGGGUGCCAACGUUAGCGUCAGUGAGAGCGGCCCAGGCCCCAUGGAUCAAGCUAACACUGUAAGCCUGAUGGCACUUGGAGACAUGGGCCCCGGUGCCAUGUGUGGUGGUGACGCGAUGGGCACCGGGGGAGGUGCAGUCCUCAUGAAGCAGAGCUCAAGCUGUACUCAGGACGUAAGGUACAAGCUCCGAGACCUGUUGGCACAGACAGCCAAUGGAGCCAGCACAAGUAGCACAGGGAACCUCUCAGCGGGCUGCAGCUCCGGCGUGGCCAGUGUGGACAGCAUUGGCAGGGACAGCCUCCGCGGCAACACAACUGACCUCUCUGAUGACCUUGUGGGGAUAGACCGAUACAGUGAAGAGGAGGACUUGGAUGGGAGAGACAGGGGAAGAGAUGGAGAUAGAGACAGGGGGGCGAGCCACAGCCGCAAGCAGAGGCAGCCGCUAAGACUCCAGGUGCUGGGAGGAGAGGGAGUAGUGGUGAAGGAUGAAAGCGUACAGGACGCAGAUGGGACUGUCUAUGCCUUGGAGGAUGGGAGACGAGAUCAAGAGCAGGAGGGCUCCCAGGAAUCCAUGGCAAGCUUUGGACAGGAUUUCUAUGAUGAGCAGGGCGUGUUUUCAGAGAGUUUUUGGCCCCAGAGUGAGCCCCCUCAAGCCAUGGCUUUUAACCCCAGAGGAAGGGUCAAUAAACCACUGACUCCACCUCCAACCACCCAGGCCAUCAACAACCAGCUUCUGUUCCAGUACCCAGUGAGCCAGUCGCAGCCAGCUCCGUUCUAUGUAGGCGGGCCCAUGGGUGGGAUUGACACCAUGGCGGGGACAGAGCCCAGUCAGCAGGCACCACCCCCAGCAUCAAUGACCCCAGCUCCGCCACCCUCCACCUCUUCCUGCUCCGCAGGGCCCUCACCUUCCUCCCAGGGAUCUGAGACCUCGUUCGACUGCACGCACUGUGGCAAAUCUUUACGUUCCAGGAAGAACUACAGCAAGCACAUGUUCAUCCACUCCGGUCAGAAACCUCAUCAGUGCUCCAUCUGCUGGCGCUCCUUCUCCCUGCGGGACUACCUCCUCAAACACAUGGUGGUGCACACUGGUGUCAGGGCCUUCCAGUGCACCAUGUGCGGCAAGCGUUUCACCCAGAAAAGCUCGCUAAAUGUGCACAUGCGCACCCACCGUGCCGAGCGCACCUUCCAGUGCAACGUGUGCCACCGGGCCUUUACUCACCGUACCUUGCUGGAGCGCCAUGCCCUGCAGCACGCCCACCACGCCCCGCAGACCCCAGGUCAAGGCCAGGGGCGGGGAGCCGACAUGACCUCACCUACCAAGCACAGCCCUCCAGCUAUGGGAGGGCACUCAGGUAUGGCUGGCGCGGCUGGCAUGGUUGGCAGUAUGGCCAACAUGCCAAGCCACGGAGCUUCCUCCACCUAGAG